AUGCCCAGCUCAUCGCACCAUGACACGCAAGAAAGUGCGCAGAAACAGGCGCACACAGGGCCAAUGGUCUUGCCCGUGACACCCUUGCCAGUGCCUCUCUUUUCCCCUGCGGACUCCCACGAGGAAGAGACGGGGCCCGGGAAGCGCCACCGCCGUCCAAGCUCCAUGUACCGCCCUCCGGAAGCGCUCACUUCAGAAACAAAGAAGACCGUCGCGGCGCUCUCUGCAGCCACACCGCGCCCCAAACAAACGGUGCGGACAAGCCCCAAGAGCCUCUCCACGGGAUUGGAAGAAGACGUCGAUACAAACGCGCCUGCUACCUUUACGCGGCAUGGCGAACGAAUCGUACCGCCGAAAAGACGAGACGCCGCGCACAAGUCGGGCAUUCUUUCCCCAAAGCCUGUGCGUACCGCCGUCGGUUUUUUGCGAGCCCCGCCGCUUCCCAUUCCAGUGGAAGAGGAAGAGGAGGAAGAGGAGGAAGAUGACUUUGUCGAUGUCGUGCAGCGCAGUGCGAACCUCGCACAACAAGCAUGGUCGAUCGCCAUGCUUGGCAAGACACAGAAGCCUUCCGGGCGCGUAAACCGCGUCGUGUUUGCCUCUGAGCAUGUCGUUGAGCACGCAUGGCCACCCAGUGCUGUGUCGGUCGAGUCAGACGGCGAAGAGGACGAUUUUCACCGGACAAUGCUCCACGAUGCGGAGCUGGAUUUGCUCGCACGCGGCGAUACGACACUGGAGAACGACACAUCGGACGGUGCGAAUACGGACGGGAAUGUGCCAACGCCUGCAUCAUGCGGCAAGGAACGCUCACCAUCGCUGAGCGAGCGCCCGCCGAGCGCUGCGCCGUGCAGCGAGCCGUGCGAGGGAUCUGGCGACGCUGUCUUCCAGCACGCACUCCCUGUCCCGAGCCCUUGCACGGUCGAUGCCACGCACGCAGGCUCGCUUACCCUGUCCCUCCCAUACGACUUUUUCCACGCAGGCCCGCCCGCGUCAUACCCUGAAACCAGACGUGAAAGCUCCGUCGCGGAGCUUGAUGUUGAAACGCCCCUUACUCCCACACACACUGUCACCGCUGCAGAGAUGGCGGAAGGCGCGCCGCCAAGCGAGACACUGAUUUCUCUGCUCUCGCCAUCGCUGCCUUCUGAUGCCAUCCGCCAAGAGUCGCCCAUGACGCCAGCAGCGACGACACCCACUCACGAUCUCGGCUCCGACUACGUGAUUGUCGAUGAGGACGGCGCAAGCCCGAACUUUGCACCUGCGACGCCCGAGUUCUUUGCGCCGGAAUCGGUGAGCGAUCCAAAUACAGAGACGAGUGCCGAAGAGUCCCACGGCAACUCGCCAAAUGCAUGGGUCGAGGAGGAGGACCGUAUACCGAGUGCGGCACUUUCCCUCCAUCUCGGCAUGAAAUUUGCUUCGCGCGUCGAGAUCGAGGAAGUCGAUCCCUUUUUCAGUGCGCCAGAGACGAUCAUGGGACUUACUGAACUCGAUCGCGCUUGGGGCUCGGCGCUGGGGAGUGAGACGACCAGCAAAGACACCCAGAAACGCCCAGGCGCACAAUCCAUGCAGCGCCACACAAAACGGCCUCGCAGCAAGCGCGCUUGCACACCGACGCAGCCCGUGGCAGAAUCGCGCCGCGCGCCCCGCUUGCGUAGCCGCGCGGCCUGA